AUGGAUCAGGAGGUGAUGAGGAUGUGGGACAAUGAGGCUCUUGAACGCAGCAUGAGGUUCAUAAUCACAGAGCAGCAACAGCAGAGGGGGGGUUGGGGUGGGUUGGGUGUUUGGUUGUUUGGGAUUUUAGGUUUGGGUUUGAGUGUGGGUGUGUGUUGGGGGUUGUGGGGGGGGGAGGGUGUAUGUGGUUGUUGGAGUGGUUUUGUGGUAGUGGUGUUGUGGAUGGGGGUGUAUUGUUGUUGUGGGUGGUUUGUUUUUGGGGUUGGGGGUGGGGUUGGUUGUUGGGGGUGUUUGGGGGUAUGGGUGGUAUUUUGGGUUGGGGGGUGGGUGUUUGGUGUGUUUGGGGGUUGGGGGUUUGUUGGGUUGGGGGUAGGGGUGGGUAGUGUGGUGGGGGGUUUUGUGUAUGGGGUGUUUGUGUGUGUUGGGUGGUUGGUUGGUGUUGUGUGGGUGGUGUGUGGGUUUGUUUUUGUGUGUUUUUGGAUGAUGGGGGGUUUGGUUUUUUGUUGGUGUUUGGGGUUGGGUUUGAGUGUGGGUUUUGGUGUGUGGGUGUGUUUUGGGGUGAUGAUUGUGGUUGGAGGGGUGUUUUGGUUGGAGUGGGGGGGGGUUUUGUGGGGUGGGUUUGGUGUGGGGUGGGGUGGGGGGGUGUGGGAGUUUGGGUGGGUUGGUAGGGGUGUGGGGUGUUUGUGUUGGUUGGAGUUUGUGUGGGUGUUUGAAGUAGGGGUAAUUUUGGUGUGUUUGUUGGUUUGUUUUGUGGUGGGUUUUGUUGGGGGGUGGGUUUGGUGUUGGGGUUGUGGUUGUUUGGUGUGGGUUUUGGUGUGUGGGUUUGGUGGUGGGGUUUGUGGGUGGGGUUGGUGGUGGUUUGUGGUGGGGUUUGUGUGGGGUUUGGUGUUGGUUUUUGGUGGUGAGGGGGUUUGGUGGGUGGGGUUGGUGUGUUUGUGUUGUGGGGUUUGGUGUGGGGGGUGGGUGGGGGGGGGGGGGGGGUGUGGGGUGUUGGGGUGGGGGUGGGGUGGGGUUUGUUUUGGGGUGGUUGGGGGGGGUGGGUGGGUGGUGGGGGGGUGUGGGGGUUGGGUGUGUGUUGGUGGGUGGUGGGGUGUGGUGGGGGGGGGUGUGGGGGUUGUGUGUGUGUGGGGGGGUUGUGUUGUUGUUGGGGUUGAUUUGUUUUUUGGGUUGGGGGGGGUUUGGUGUUGGGGUGGUUGGGUUGUUGGUUGGGGGGGGUGGUUUGGUUGUUGGUUGUGGUGGUGGGUGGUUGUGGGGGGGGUUGGGGUGGGGUUGUGGGGGGGGGUUUGUGGUGUGGUGGGGGGUUGUGGGGUGGGGGGUAGUUUUUGGGGGGGGGGGGGGGGUGUGUUGGGGUUUGGGGGGGGGUUUUGGGGGGGUUGGUUGGUGUGUUGGGGGGGGGGUGGUGUGGGUUGGGUGGGGGGUGGGGGGGGGGGGUGUUGGGGGGUGUGGUGUUGGGGGGGUUGUGGUUGGGGGGGUUUUGGGGGGGUGGGUUGUGGGUGGUUUGGGGUGUUGUGUGAGUUGGGUUGUGUGUGGUUUGGGUGUUGGGUUGUGUGGUGUGGGUUGGUGGGUUUUUGUUUGUGGGUGGGGUGUGUGGUGUUUGUGUUUUGUUUGUUGGGGGUGGUUUGGUGUUUGGGGUGGUGUGGUGUUGUUUUUGGUUAUGUGUUGUUAGGUGUGGGGGUGUUGGGGUGGGGAGGGGUUGUGGUGGGGUUUUUGGGUUGGGUUUGUUGGUGUGUGUUUGGGUGGGUGGGGGGGGGGGGGUGGUUGUUUUGUUUUGGAUUUGGUGGGGGGGGUGGGGGGGGGGGGGGUGUGGGGGGGGUGGGGGGGUGGUGUGGUGGGUUGGGUGGGUGUUUUGGGGUGGGUGGUUUGGUUGGUUUGUGGGGUGGGGGUUGGGGUGUGGUUUUGGGGUUGUGGUGGGGUGGGGGGGUUUUGGGGGGGUUUGUUUUGGGGUGUUGUGUGGGGGGUGUGGGUGGGGUUUGGGGUUGGGGUGGGUGUUUUGUUGUGGUUGGGGUGGGGGGGUUGGUGGGGGGGUUGGGGGGUGUGGGGGGUUUGUUGGGGGUUGGUGUGGUUGUGUGGUGUGGUGUGGGGUGGUUGAUUGAUUGGUGGUGGUGUGGGGUGGGGGUGGGGUGGUUGGAUGGUUGGGUGUGGGGUUGGGUGGUGGGGGGUGUGGUUGGUUUUGGAGUUGUGGGGGGGUUGUUUUGGUGGGUGGGUGGGGGGUUGUGGGGGGGGAUGGGGGUGGGUGGUGGUUGUGUGGUUGGUGUGGUUGUGUGUGUGGUUGGUGUUGGGUGGGGUGGGGGUUUGGUGGGGUGUUGUGUGGGGGUGGGUGGGUGGUGUGGGGGUGGUGGUUGUGGUUGGGGUGGGGGUUGUGGUUUGGUUUGGGUGGGGUUUGGGGGGUGGGGUGGGUGUUGUGGUAGUUGUGUGGUGUGUUGGGUGGUGGUGUUGUUUGUUGUGGGGAGUUUGGUGGGGGUGGGGGUGUUGGGUGUUGGGGGGGGGAUUGUUGGGUGGGGGGGGUUUGUUUUUUGGGUGUGUUUUGUGGGGGGGUGUGGUGGGGUGUUGGGGUGGGUGGUUGUUGGUGGGGUGGGGGGGGUGUGGUGUUUGUUUUGUUUGUUUUGGUUUGUUGUGUGGGGGUUUGGGUUGGUGGUGUGUAAGAGGUUGUGUGGUGGUGUGUUGGGGGGGGGGGGGGUUUUGGGGGUGGUGGGUUGUUGGUUUUGGUGUGUAGGUUUGGUUUGGGGGGGGGUGUGGUGGGGUUUGGGGUUUUUGGGGGUGGUGUUAGUUGUGGGGUUGUUGUUUGGGUUGGGUGGUGGGGUUGUGUUGGGUGGUGGGUUUGGUGGUGUGUGUGGUGGUGGGGGGUGGUGGGGGUUUUGUGGUUGUUGGGUGGGUGUGGUGGGGGGUUGUGGGUGUGGUGGGGUUUGUGUGGUUUGGGGUUGUGGGGGGGGGUUGGUGGGGGGUGUUUUUUGUGGGGUGGGGGGGGGGGGGGGGGGGGGGGUGUUGGUGGGGGGUGGGUUGUGUUGGGUUUGUGGGGGGGUUGGGUGUGGGGGGGGGGGGGGUGGGGGGUUGGGGUGUGGGGGUGGUUGGGUGGUUGUUGUGGGUGGGUGGGUGGGUGGUGGGUGGUUGGUGUGGUUUGUGUGGGGUGGGGGUUUGUUAUUUUGUUUGUGGGGGGGUUGGUGGGUGGGGGGGGUGUGUGGGGGGGGGGAGUGUGUGGGGUUUGUGGUGUGGGGUGGGGGUGUGGGGGUGGUUGGGUGUGGGGGGGGGGGGGGGGGGGGGGGGUGGGGUAGUUGGUGUGGGUGGUUGGGUGUGUGGUUGGGGGGGGGUGGGGGGGGGGUGGGGGGUUGUGUUUGUGGGGUUGGGGGGUUGUUGGGGUGGGGGGUGGGGGGUGGGUGUUUGUGGUGUUGGGGGGGGUUGGGGGGGGGGGGGGGGUGUGUGUGGGUGGGUGGGGGUGUUGUGUUUUGGGUGUUUAGUGUGUGGGUGUGGGGGGUGUGUUUGGUUGGGGUUUGGGUUUUUUUGUGUGUUGGGGGGGUUGUGUUUUUUUUUUGUUGGGUGGGGGGUUUGGUUGUGGUUUGUUUUUGUUUGGGGGGUUGGUUGGGUUUGUGGUGGGUGUUUUGGUGUGUGGGUUUGGUGGUGGGGUUUGUGGGGGGUGGUGUGUGUGGUGGGUGGGGUGUUUGUGGUUGUUUAUGUUUUGGGGUGUGGUUUUUGUGUUUUGGUGGGGGGUGUGUGUUUGUUAUUUGGGUGUGGUUGGGGGGGGUGGUGGGGGGGGGGGGUUGGGGGGGGUUGGGGGGUGGGGGGUGGGGGUGGGGGUUGGUUGGGGUGUUGUUGGGUUGUUGGGGUGUGUGGGGGGGUGAUGGGAUGUUGGGUGGGGGGGGGGUGUGGUUGGGGGGUGGUUGGGGGGGUGGUUGUGGUGUGUGGGUGGAUGGGGGGGUUGUGUUGUUUGGUUGGUGGUUGUGUUGUGGGUUAUGUUUGAGUUUGUGUGGUUGGUGUUGUUGUGGUUGGGUGUUGUUAGUGUUGGGGGGGGGGUGGGUUGGUUUGGGGGGGUGGGGGUGGUGUGGAGGGGGUUUGGUGGGGUGGGGUGUGUGUUGUGGGGGGGGGUGGGGUGGGUGGUGGGGUGGGUUUGGGGGUUUUAGGUUGUGUUGGGUUGGGUGUUUGGGGUUUGUUUGGUUUGUUGUUGGGGGUAGGGUGGGUUUUUUUUGUUUUUGGGGUGUGGAGAGUGUGAGGGUGUGUGUGUGUGGUGUGUGUGUGUUUGUUGGGUGUGUGUGUGUGGGUGUGGUAUGUGUGGUUGUGUUUGGUGUGGUUUGUUGUUGUGUGUGUGUGGUUGUGUGUGGUUUGAGGUUGUGUGUGUGUGUGUGUGGUGUUGUUGGUGUUUUGUGGAGUGUGUGGUGUGUGGGUGUGUGUUGGUGUGUGUGGGUGUGUGUGGUUGUGAGGUGUGUGUGGGUGUGUGUGUGUGUUGUGGUGUUGUUGUUGUGUGAUGGUGUGUGUGGUUGGUGUGUGUGUGUGGUUGUGUGGUUUGGUUGGGUGUUGUUGUUUGUGGUUGUGGAUGGGGAUUUGUUUGUUUUUGGGUUUGGGUUGGGGUGUUGGGGGGUUUUGGUUGGUGGGGGUUUGGGUGGGGUGGGUGUGGGUGGGGUUGGGUGGUUGGUUGGGGGGUUGGGGGGGGGGGAGGUGGAGGGGGUGGUGUGUGGGGUGGGUGGUUUGUGUGGGGUGGUGUGGUGUUGGGGGUUGUUUGGGUGGGGGGAGUGGGUGGUGGGGGGUGGGGUUUGUGGGGGGUUGGGGGGGGUUGUGGGGGGGGUGUGGGGGGUGUGUGGGUUGGUGUGUUUAGUGGUGGGGGUAGUUGGUUGGGUUGGUAUUGAUGAUUGGGGGUAUUGGUAUUUGUGGGGUUGUUGGGGUGGGGUGUGGGGGGGGUAUGGGUGGUUGGGGUGGGGUUGGUUUGGGGUGUUGAUUUGGUUUGGGUGGUGGGGAUUGAGUGUGGGGUUUUGUUGGGUUUUGUGUGAUGGUGGGUGGAUUGGUGAGGGGGAUGGAUAUUUGGGGGGGGGGGUGGGGUUGGGUUGUGUGGGUGUGGGUGGGGGGGGGUGUUGGGUUGGGUGGGGUGGGUGGGGGGGGGGGUGGUGUUGUGUUUGUUUUGGUGUGUGGGGUUUGGGGGGGUUGUGUGGUUGGGGUGUUUGUGAUGGGGUGUGGGGUUUGAUUGGUUGGAUGGUGGUUUUGUGGAGGAUGGGGGUUUUGGGUGGUUGUGGUGUUUGUGUUGGUUUGUGUGGGGGGGGUGGUUGUGUUGGGUUUAUUGGUGUUGGGGGGUUGUGUGGGGUGGUGUUUGGGGGGGGGUUUGGGUGGUGUUUGGUAGUUGGGGGUUGUGGUGUGGGGUGUUUGGGUUUUGGGUGGUGGGGUGGGUGUGUGGUGUUUUGGUUUGGGGGGUGUGUGGGUGGUUGGUUGGGUGGUGUGAUGUGGGGGGGGGGGUUUUUGGGUGGUGGGGGGGGUGUUGUUGGGUUUUUUUGUGGUAGGUUGUGUGUGUGUUGGGGUGUGUUGUGUUGUUGUUGUGGUGGGGUGGGGGGGGUUGGGGUGGGUGUGGUUGUGGUGGGGGGUGGUGUUGUGUGGGGUGUUUGUUGGUUGGUUUGUUUGUGUUUGGGUUGUGGGGUUGGGGGUGGUGGGUUGUUUUGUGUGUUGGGGUGGUGGGGGGGGGUUUGUUGUGGUGAUGUGGGGGGUGUGGGUGUGGGUGGUGUGUAUGUGGUUUGUUUGUUGGGUGAGUGUUGUUGUGUUUUGUGGUUGGUUUUGGUUUGUUUGGGGGGGGGUGUGGGGGGGAGGGUUUGGGGGGGUUGGUGUGGGUGGGGGUGGGUGUGGGGGUGUGGGGUUGGGGGGUGGGUGGGGGGGGUUGUUGGUUUUUUGGUGUUGGGGUGGGGUUGGAGGAGUUGGUUUUGGGUAAUUGGUUGGGGUUGUAGGGUGUGGGGGGUGGAUUGGGGGGGGUGGGGGGGGUUGUGGGGGUGUUGUGGGGGGUGGGGUGUUGUGUGUUGGUUUGUGGUUGUUUUUGUUGGGGGGGUUUAUUUUUUUGUUUGUGGUGGGUGGUGUUUGGUUUGGGUUGGGUUGGGUGGAUUGUUUGUGAUUUGUUGA